ACGAGUAUAAAAGAAGGAUUACUACUGAAGCAGACCAGUUCUUUUCAGAGGUGGAAGAAGCGUUAUUUCAAACUCCGAGGCCGUACCCUCUACUAUGCCAAGGACUCAAAGUCUCUAAUAUUUGAUGAAGUUGACCUCUCAGAUGCCAGCGUAGCUGAAUCAAGCACAAAAAAUGUCAACAACAGCUUCACGAUAAUAACUCCAUUUAGGAGGCUAAUAUUGUGUGCUGAGAACAGAAAAGAAAUGGAGGACUGGAUAAGCUCUCUGAAGUCCGUUCAGUCCAGAGAACACUAUGAGACCGCACAGUUUAAUGUGGAACAUUUCUCAGGGAUGCAUAACUGGUACGCCUGCUCCCACGCCAGACCCACCUUCUGCAACGUGUGCAGAGAGAGCCUCUCUGGAGUCACCUCCCACGGCCUGUCCUGCGAAGUGUGUAAGUUUAAAGCACAUAAAAGGUGUGCUGUCCGAGCAACAAACAACUGCAAGUGGACUACCUUAGCCUCAAUUGGGAAGGACAUCAUUGAAGAUGAAGAUGGUAUAGCUAUGCCUCACCAGUGGCUGGAGGGCAACCUGCCCGUCAGUGCCAAGUGCGCCGUCUGUGACAAGACCUGCGGCAGCGUCUUGCGCCUGCAAGACUGGAAGUGCCUUUGGUGUAAAGCUAUGGUUCACACUGCUUGUAAAGACCUAUAUCCUCGUAAAUGUCCACUUGGCCAGUGCAAGGUAUCGAUCAUACCUCCAACAGCACUGAACAGUAUAGACUCGGAUGGUUUCUGGAAAGCUACAUGCCCGCCAUCCUGUGCCAGUCCUCUUUUAGUUUUUGUUAACUCAAAGAGUGGAGACAAUCAGGGAGUAAAGUUCCUUCGGCGAUUCAAACAGUCCUUAAAUCCAGCUCAGGUGUUCGAUUUAAUGAAUGGAGGACCUCACUUAGGUUUGCGGUUAUUUCAGAAGUUUGACAACUUCAGGAUUCUUGUGUGUGGUGGCGAUGGAAGCGUUGGUUGGGUCUUGUCAGAAAUUGAUAAGCUCAGCCUGCACAAACAGUGUCAGUUAGGAGUGCUGCCCCUGGGCACUGGAAAUGACCUUGCUCGUGUCCUUGGCUGGGGAGGAUCCUGUGAUGAUGACACGCAGCUUCCUCAGAUUCUGGAGAAGCUAGAACGAGCCAGCACGAAAAUGUUAGACAGGUGGAGUAUAAUGUCCUAUGAAUUGAAAUUACCAGCAAAGCCUUCUAUUCUUCCAGUGACUGCAGAAGAGUCAGAGGAAUGCCAG